AUGUCUGACAGUGCAGAUAGUGAGGAGAAGCCCCCGGCUCCUCCGCUGAGAAUGAACAGCAACAACCGUGACUCCUCGGCCCUCAACCACACCUCCAAGCCCCUGCCCGUGGCCCCUGAGGAGAAGAACAGGAAAGCCCGGCUCCGCUCCAUCUUCCCUGGAGGAGGAGAUAAAACCAAUAAGAAGAAAGAAAAGGAAAGGCCAGAGAUCUCGCUUCCUUCCGAUUUUGAGCAUACAAUCCAUGUGGGGUUUGAUGCCGUCACUGGGGAAUUCACCGGAAUCCCUGAGCAGUGGGCAAGGCUUCUUCAGACGUCCAACAUCACGAAGCUGGAGCAGAAGAGAAACCCACAGGCCGUGCUGGACGUCCUCAAGUUCUAUGACUCCAAGGAAACCGUCAACAACCAGAAGUACAUGAGCUUUACUUCUGGAGAUAGAAGUGCUCAUGGAUACUUAGCAGCCCACCCUUCGAGUACCAAAACAGCUUCAGAACCUCCCUUGGCUCCCCCGGUGUCUGAAGAAGAAGAUGAAGAUGAGGAAGAGGAGGAAGAGGAGGAGAAUGAGCCCCCACCAGUAAUUGCGCCGCGCCCCGAGCACACAAAAUCUAUCUACACGCGCUCUGUGAUGGACGCCGCCCUGCCAGUGGCUCCCCCCAAGGAGGCGUCUGCCCCCACGGCAGAGAACUCCCCCUCCAACACUCUGUAUCGCAACGCCGACCGGCAGAGAAAGAAGUCCAAGAUGACCGAUGAGGAGAUCCUGGAAAAGCUGAGAAGCAUCGUGAGCAUUGGGGAUCCCAAGAAGAAGUACACGAGAUUUGAAAAAAUUGGCCAAGGGGCAUCAGGUACUGUCUAUACUGCAUUGGAUAUCGCCACAGGACAAGAGGUGGCCAUAAAGCAGAUGAACCUGCAACAGCAGCCCAAGAAGGAAUUAAUUAUUAACGAGAUUCUGGUCAUGAGGGAAAAUAAGAACCCCAACAUUGUGAAUUAUUUAGACAGCUACUUGGUGGGCGAUGAGCUGUGGGUAGUGAUGGAGUACCUGGCUGGGGGUUCUCUCACUGAUGUCGUCACGGAGACUUGUAUGGAUGAAGGCCAGAUAGCAGCUGUCUGCAGAGAGUGUCUCCAGGCUUUGGAUUUCUUGCAUUCAAACCAAGUCAUCCACAGAGACAUUAAGAGUGACAACAUUCUUCUCGGGAUGGAUGGCUCAGUCAAGCUGACCGACUUUGGGUUCUGUGCCCAGAUCACCCCUGAACAAAGCAAAAGGAGUACCAUGGUGGGGACCCCCUACUGGAUGGCCCCUGAAGUGGUGACAAGGAAGGCCUAUGGCCCUAAAGUAGAUAUCUGGUCCCUUGGGAUCAUGGCCAUAGAAAUGGUGGAGGGCGAGCCCCCAUACCUGAAUGAAAAUCCACUCCGGGCCUUGUACCUCAUAGCAACUAAUGGCACCCCGGAGCUCCAGAAUCCUGAGAGACUUUCCCCUGUGUUCCGAGAUUUCUUAAACCGCUGCCUGGAGAUGGAUGUGGACCGGCGAGGGUCUGCCAAGGAGCUUUUGCAGCAUCCAUUUUUAAAACUAGCCAAGCCUCUCUCCAGCCUGACUCCUCUGAUCCUUGCCGCGAAAGAAGCGAUUAAGAACAGCAGCCGCUAGUGAGGAGAGGGAGGGCCUUCACCCGCCUUGGCCCUGGCGCGUGUAGAGCCGGACCCCCCAAGACUGUAGGACCUCACUUUCUGUGCUGCAGCACAGACAGACAGACAGACAGACAGACAAACCUAAUUUGGAUGUCCCCAGUGUAAGGGGCAUAAGGCCCGGGGGC